AUGGCUGAGCACGGGCUUGAGUGGUGUCCUACGGGCUUCACGCGCAAGGGCAAAUGCGGCACUGGCACUAUCAUCGAUCAUGUUCUGCUCAGAAACCACAGCUUGGACGGCUAUGAGGUGUGCUGCACUGACUCGAUGGGCAUGUCCGACCAUGAGAUCCUCAAAAUCAGACUCUUCAGACAGGCAACACCGACUCCUGCCAUGCGGACGAACCGUUCACCUGUCAAAAUUGAUUGGGACAUAUUUUGCGAGGAGCUUGCCCGAGUGGACAUCGAGGCCAUGAUGGGGGAGGAUGAUCCUGACUCUUUCCUUGAUCGACUUUAUGAGGUCAUCGACAGUAAAAAAAUACAAAACUUCAACAAGUACCGUAACAGGCUUAGAGAACUGCUGAGAGAAGCUGAGAGGAGACACUUUGAGAAGGCACUGAGGGACUCCGGUGACCCCAAAACCUCAUGGAGAAUAAUCAAUCAACAUAUCAGAGGAAAGUCGAAAGCUAGAGUAUACCCCUCGUUCCUGAAGGGAGCUGAUAUCGACAUCAAUAGGAUGAACGCGGCAAACACCUUCUUUGCGGAGACUGGAGAACGGACUGCGGCUGAGAUCGGGCCGAGUCGGGGUGUUCCUGAUCCUCACAUGCAAGACAUCGAUGUGCCGCUCCAUGAAUUCAUGGCACCUUCCCCCGCUGAAAUUGAAGAGAUUAUCGGCCGCUUGGCGAAUGGGAGAUCACCCGGUAGGGACGGCAUUACCAGCCGGAUGCUCAAAUCAAAUAGGAGUUUCUUCGUACCAAUUCUACAACAUCUGUGUGCAUGCAUUUUCCAGACCCGGAAAUAUCCCGAAAGAUUCAAGGAGGCAGAGGUCAUUCUAAUUCACAAGGGAGGUGGAACGGAGGAUCUUCACAAUUACAGACCCAUCUCACUGCUGAGCACCUUGAGCAAAGUUGUUGAGCACUGCGUUGUCGAUCAACUCACUAGACAUCUUGAGCGAAAUCAUUUGCUGUCUGACAGACAGUACGGCUUCAGAAGAGGUCGUGGAACAAACCACGCGGUGCUCGACCUGCAUUCCUCAAUCAUCGAAUCAAUCGACUCCAGAUUAACCCCCGUGGUGUUCUUCGCUGACUACUCUAAAGCUUUCGACUGCCUCCCUCAUCAAGCAUUCAUCAACAAAUUAGAUCGUCUGGGGGUUACCGGCCACGCACUUGAGGUCAUUUCAUCCUACUUUGACUCGAGAUCGCAACGCCUACGAUGUGGGGAACAUCACUCCGAGCCUGCUCCUUUGCUAUCCGGAGCCCCCCAGGGGGGGGUAUUCGCUCCUCUGGCUUUCAUAAUAUACAUAAAUGAUUUGCUAUUGAAAAUGAAUGACGAUCGGAUCACAUCGAUUGGCUAUGCGGACGACACCUGCUUCCUCAUCAACUUCCAAUCUGGGAUUGACUUCUUAGAAAUCGAGCGGGCUGCCACUCGCGUGAGACAGUGGUCAUCCGCUAAUGGACUUCUUUUGAACGCCAAGAAAUGUAACUACAUGAUUUUCGGAAAUCAACUGGGAAAACCCGACCGAGGAAUCAUGAUCCACUCAAGCUGCCCCCAUGAUCAGACAUGCUCCUGCCCGGUGAUUUCCUGUGCUCGGGAAACUCGCUACCUCGGCAUUACGAUUGACGAUGGACUUUCCUGGAAACCCCACAUUGCCAACCUCGUGAAGAAGCUCAGACCAAUUGUGGCCUCACUGGCAAAACUCGGAAGAUCGUCCUCCAGAGGUGAUUUCACGGUGGCGUCCCGACGAGCCUACUAUCCCCAAUCGAGAUUCUCGGGCGACGGUUCCGACGAUCUCACCGACGAUGGUAGCAACAUCUACGAACAGGCCAACCCGCCGGCCAAUUGGGUAGGACAACGGUACGCCUCGCUCAACCAAGCCGCGUCCCAUCGAAAGAACAACGCGUUAUCAGGAUCCUCGGGAACCAACUCUGAUGACGAUGGAACCUAUGCGAACGAGAGCGAACUCACCGCUUUGAGCUCCACGGGUUCAAACAAUAAUCAAACCGCGGCCGCCAUGCUCCAACAGCACAACGUUCGAAACGGGCCUCCCGCACCGCCCAGGAACCUGACCAUGAACAGCCAUACUGGAAGUCGACAGCUCAUGGCCUCACCGUCGGAUAGUCCUCAUUACGAAACGGCGCGGAGUCCGACCGCUCCCGCCUACUACUACUCUCCUAAUGAAAUCAAAAGCAAUACGCUCGGCGGCGGCAAACAGAACGGACUCGGCGUUGAUUUGCGGUCGUCGACGUCCCACAUCUACCACGACGAAACCAAAACGAACCCUGAUGGCUACGCGUUCGGCUACACAGGGACCAUCACGUCGACCGUCCCCGUGAGAGCCGUGCAGAGCAACGCCAGAGCUUAUCACACGCUCAACGCUCUGAACGCUCAACACGGAAUCCAAGCUGCCAACUCCCAAUUCCAGCAGAGCCGAAACUUUCGGAAAGCCAUCGAGUCGCGAUGUAGUUGGAAAUGUGUUGCUGUUGUUUUCAUAGUCAUCGCCUUGGCGCUACUUACUACGACCGCGUAUUUUAUCUUCACAAUGUCCACAGCACGGAGUCAACAUGCGCCCUUGGUGGUCAUGGAUCUCCCUCCGGAGCUGGACACCAGACCGGACCUGAAAAAUCCGGAAACCCUACCGACGAAAACCGUUCCUCCGAUCUCGGAGUCGUUCGCGGAACUGGCGAUGGGCAGGCGACACACCAACACCAUUUACGCUUACGGUCAUUGGAACGUGCAGUUCCAGCAAAACGAGGCAGCUUUAGUCAAGUUCAAUUAUUCGCUACCGUCAACAGCGAGCAUCGCUGUCUACGGACGCAGAAAUAGUGUUCCCACGCACACCCGCUACGACUUCUUCGAGAUUCUCAAUGCUCGGUCGUCGGGGAUCCGAACCCGGAAGGCGGCCACCAGUCACGAGAUGGUGUCCAUUGAGUUUAUCCAUUUUCUGGAUCGGGGUCGCUGGUUCGUGUCCAUUUAUAACGACGGCGAUCAACAGGAAGAAGUCUCUUUCGUAUCUCUGGUCGCUGAUGUGUCGUCUCUGCCCUGUGCUUAUGACUGUCACGGCCACGGGACCUGUACCAUGGGAAAGUGCAAUUGCGACCCGAAUUAUACGGGAGAAUCGUGCGCUUAUCAAUUGUGCCCCGUACUGUGCAACGGGCGCGGAAACUACGUGAACGGAGAAUGUCAAUGUCAGUCCGGAUGGAAGGGCAAGGAGUGUCAGCUUAGGGAAGAAGAGUGCGAGGUGGCAGACUGCUCAGGACACGGAGAUUGCCUCGACGGAUUCUGCAAAUGUUUCCCUGGCUACAAGGGAAGCGCGUGCGAAGAAGUCGACUGCAUCGAUCCUGACUGCUCCGGACACGGCGUCUGUUUGAACGGUCAAUGUCUUUGCAAAAAGGGUUGGAAAUCCAUCGACUGUUCGGAAGCGGACCAGGAAGCCCUAAGGUGUUUACCCGACUGCUCGAACCACGGUCAUUUCGACAUCGACAAACAACGUUGCGUGUGCGACGAUCCCUGGAGCGGGCCGGACUGUUCCCAGGAACGAUGCGGCUUAGAUUGCGGGGAACGAGGCAGAUGUCGAGAAGGCCGCUGCGAGUGCCUCGAUGGCUGGACAGGUCCGAAGUGCGAUCAGAAACUCUGUGAUUCCCGGUGCUCCGAACACGGCCAAUGUCGCAACGGGACCUGCGCGUGCCUCACCGGAUGGAACGGGAAACAUUGUACCCUCGAGGGAUGUCCUUCGAUGUGUAAUCGACAUGGCGAAUGUAUCAAGGACGCAGGAGAAUGGGUGUGCCGAUGUCACGACAAUUGGUCGGGUACCGGAUGCUCUCUUCCGAGCGAGAGGAACUGCGGGGACAAAAUCGACAACGAUGGAGAUGGUCUCCUGGAUUGCGCGGAUUCCGAAUGCUGCACUUCGCCCGAAUGCAGCAGCAACCCCCUGUGCUUUCAAUCAUCGGAUCCACGUGACGUCCUUCUGAGGAAACAACCACCGGCGGUUACGGCGAGCUUCUUCCAACGGAUGCAGUUUUUAAUCGAGGACGACUCGGUACAAAGCUACGCCAGCAAAGGAGCCUUCAACCAUAGCACGCUUUGGAACCAUUUCAACACGAGCCGCGCAUCGGUCAUUCGAGGACAGGUGGUGUCUACCUCAGGAUCCCCCCUUAUGGGAGUCCGCGUUGGAAUUGCAUCCGACUCGGCUGCUGGUUUCACCGUGUCGAGAUUGGACGGAUGGUUCGAUCUGAUGGUCAACGGUGGCGGUGCCGUCACGUUGCAAUUCAGGAGGGAUCCGUUCAAGGUUCACGAGAGGACCCUCACAGUUCCUGUGAAUGAUAUCAUGGUCCUGGGCCAGGUGAUCAUGAGUCUGACCGAAAUGAAGAUUCCGGACAUCACAAAGCUCGCCGUUUGUGCCGACCACGACUUCGACCUUAUGAAACCGGUCGUUAUGGCGACGUGGAAGCACGGUUUCCAAGGAGGCUGCAGCGACAAUAGCGCAAUCCUGGCUGAGUCUCAGGCGGUCCAGGAAGCCAUCAACAUUCCUGGCACAAAAGUCCACCUGCUGUACCAUUCCAGCCGAUCAGCUGGCUAUUAUUCAACGAUCCAGCUGAAGCUCACUCCGGACACCAUACCUCAGUCGUUGAGGUUGAUUCACUUGAAAAUUUACAUCGAGGGUGUGAUUUUCGAGCGAACUUUCGAGGCUGAUCCGGCUAUCCAAUUCACCUACGCCUGGAAUCGGAGGAACACCUACCGUCAGAAAGUGUACGGCAUCGCUCAAGCCCACGUUCACGUCGGCUACGAAUACUCCAACUGUCCGGAAGUCCUUUGGGAGAUCCAAACCACUCAAGUGAGUGGUCAUGACAUGUCGAUCUCGGAGAUCGGCGGCUGGAAUCUCGACAUCCAUCAUCGGUACAACUUCCACGAGGGGAUCCUGCAGAAAGGCGACGGUUCCAACGUUUACCUCAAAAACAAACCGAAAGUCCUCUCUAUCACGAUGGGAGACGAGAGCCAACGACCUCUGCACUGCACAUACUGCAACGGUGUGGCCAAGGAUCAGAAACUCAUGUCUCCGGUGGCCGUUGUCAAUGCUCCGGACGGAUCUAUAAUCGUCGGUGACUUCAACCUGAUCCGUCGGAUCAAACCCGACGGAAUGGUGAGCACCGUUGUCGAGCUGGCCUCGUCUCAGAUCGCCUACUCGUACCACUUGGCUGUUGCUCCGGCAACGGGUCAGUUGUACGUUUCAGACCCUGAAAGGCAUAAGGUGUUCCGCGUGAUCCGACUGGACGACGUGGUGGACGUAAAGAACAACGUCGAGCUCGUGGUCGGCACCGGAGCGAAAUGCCUUCCAGGAGACAAACUGUUCUGCGGCGAUGGUCGACCGGCGCGAGAAGCUAAACUCAGUUACCCGAAGGGCAUCGCCAUUUCGAUGAAUAACGAGAUCUACAUCGCCGACGGAACCAACAUCCGCUACGUCGAUCGGCUCGGCGUCAUGAACACCAUCAUCGGAGAUCACCACCACAAGAGCCAUUGGAAACCUCUGCCGUGCACGGGAACCUACACCGCGUCCCAAGUGAAUCUCAAAUGGCCCACGGAACUGGCCAUUAACCCGUUGGACAACUCGCUGCACAUCCUCGACGACCACGUGAUCAUGAAACUCACGCCCGAUCGCCGCCUCAAGGUCGUGGCCGGCAAACCGCUUCACUGCACCGGCACCAAGGGCGACUUCGCGACGGACGUAUUUCUCGAGUCGCCGACAGCCAUCACUUUCUCGUCCCAGGGCGAUCUGUACAUCGCGGAAAGCGACUCACAGACCGUGAACCGGGUCCGAGUCGUGACGCCCGAUGGCAAGAUCAAGCACUACGUGGGCGCCGAGCCUAAAUGCUCAUGCCUCGAAAUCAACUGUAAAUGUUACGACAAUGAAAUCCUAGCAACCGCUGCAAAGUUUGAUUCGAUCUCGGGCAUCGCGGUCACUCCUGAUGGAAACCUUCACAUCAGCGACAAGGGUAACCACAUGAUCCGCUCUGUAAUUUCGUCGCUUCCGGCGGCCUCCGGACCUCAGCACGUUAUCGAGAUCUUCUCGCCUGAGACCCAGGAAAUCUACACGUUCAAUCGGCACGGCCAGCACAUAUCCACCAGGAAUAUAUUGACGGGACAGACGAAGUAUACGUUCACGUACAACGUCAACACAAGCAACGGCAAACUCAGCACCGUCACCGACGCCUCCGGCAACAAGCUGUUCGUAUUGCGCGACACGAGCCAUCAAGCUAAGUCCAUUGAGAACAGUCAAGGCGGAAAAUGUCUCAUCGAAAUUGGAAGUCGACACAGCAUGCUUCUCUCGUUCGUCACCGCCGACAACCACAAGACCUCGCUGGAAUACUACGGCUCCAACAGCGGAUUACUCAAAUCCAAGACGGACAGCUCCGGGAAAUCCGUUCUGUAUUCGUACGAUCAUUAUGGAAGAUUGACGGACGCCGUCACUCCGACCGGGGAACAGGUCCAUCUCUCCUAUAGCCUCAGUAUCAAAGGCGCAACGGUUGUCGUCACGAGGAACGGUCGCGAGACGACCGAGUUGCUCAUCAAGGGUCACAGCGUCACCAGCAAGUCGGGAGCCAGUGAGGAGCUCACCUGCCAGCUCAAUCCAGACAACGGCGUUGUUAUCGCUUCGGACACGAAUGUGAUCCGCGAUAUCGAGACGCAAUCCUCGCCGCUGCUGAUGGACCAGGAUGUGGUUUCGGGUGAAAUAUUCCCCGUUCCCUCGAGAUUGCGGCUCUCCCUGAGCGACGAUAUCACCCAGAGGCUCGAAUGGCGCUAUUAUUCGAAACCGGAAAAUCGCAAGAAAAUCACUCAGAUCGGCAGACGAGCGAAAAUCAACGGCGAGAAUCUCUUCAGCAUCGAGUUCGACCGACAGAGUUUCACGGAAUCGAUCCUCGACAAGAACAACAUCGUGCUGCUCACAGUCCAGUAUAACCAGAAAGGCCAACCGGAGUCGUGGAAUCCCAAGAUGAACGUUUCUGGUGUCACGCUCGACUACGAUCGAUUCGGACGCGUGACGAAAUGGCAACGAGGCGAUCUCAUCGAGACGUAUAGUUUCGAUCUGGCUGGAAGACUGACCGACGUCCGCCACGCUGACAACACGGGCAUCAUCUACAAGUACACCGACGGUCCGAUAACAGUGCCUACCGAAGUGAUUCUGCCGAGCGGCAGCCGUUACCAGCUCAUGUACAACGGUCAUUCGAGUCUGCAGAGCAUUAUCACACCAAACGGUCACCGGCACGAAAUCGCCAGCCAGACAUCGUUAGGCUUCUACAAACUGUUGUAUCUGCCGCCGGGAGCGAACCAUCCGUACGUGAUGCAUUACGACGAACGUGGAUACGUCUUGGCGAAAUUCUACCCGCACAGCCUGGGACGGGUCAUGUAUUCGUACAACGACGAGGGCCGUCUCGACACGAUCAUCUGCGGUCAGGAGAGCACCAACUUCUACUACAACAACAACAGCGCUCUCGUGAGGUCGGUCGCCAAGAACGUCCCGCUGCUCGAGACCAGAAUCGACUACAGACAUCACGGUAGUCUUCUGAAGGAGGAGCGCUUCCGUUUCAAUUCGAAGAGUCUGCUCGACGGAAUCAAACUCAAGUAUAUCUACGAUGGCGGUAGGCUCAGCUCUUCCGAUAUCGAAAUUAUCGGCAAGACGACAUUCCAAAGCAAAUACCGCUACAGCGUUGUCACCGGUCUGUUGGAGCAGACCCAUCAGUUCACGAUCAAUCGGCCGAGGAAGAACUCGAUCAUUAUCCACGACGACAAUCGUCAGUUCACCAAGACGAUCCAGCUCGACUCCUUAGGACGCAUCGAAUCUCUGACCCUGUCACUGUGGAGCAAGGAGAUUUUCUCAUACGUUCCCCGCUACAACAACAAGAAUCUCGUCAGUUCCCUCCAGACGAAAGUCGGCAGGGACACGAAUGUGCUCGAGACACGUUUCAACUACACCCUCGACGGUUUCCUCCAGCUCGUUGAACCAGUUUCGACGACAGCGCAGACCUGGAAAUACUCUUACGACAUCAACGGAAACCUGGAAAGCAUCCAGGAAGGUCCAAAACAAGUCAAUCUCAAUUACGAUUCUGGAGAUCGGGUGAUCAGCUACGGCGGAAUCGACGUCUACAAAGCCGACGCUCGGGGCUUCAUUACGAGACGUGGCGAGGAAUACUUCGAGUACAACGCCGAAGCUCAGCUCGUUCACGCCUGGCAGACGCGUUCGUACGACAUCCACUUUUUCUACGAUAGCCGCAAUCGUCUGAUCGCUACAAAGAACCACCGAGGGAACAUCACCCAGUUCGUGUACGCCGAUCCGAUCCAUCCGGAUCGCGUCACGCAAAUGCACCAGCCCAAAGAGAGCUUGACGACAACUUUCGUUUACGACACGCUCGGUCACCUGAUGUUCAUCCAACGCCGAGACAACAAAUUCUACGUGGCCUGCGAUCAUCUGGGUUCUCCCCUCGCGGUGUUCAGCCCCGAGAACUCAGUGGUCAAAGAGAUCCAACGCAAUCCUUUCGGUCGAGUGACCUACGAUAGUAAUCCUGAUUUCUACUUGCCGAUCGAUUUUCUCGGAGGCAUUCGUGAUCCAGUCACCCAGCUCGUGUUCUACGGUGCUCGGCCAUACGACAACCUCGGUAUCCAGUGGUUGACUCCGAACUGGGAGGACGUUUACACUCGCGUGGAACAGCCCCACCUCAUUCAUCUGUACCGCUUCAGGAACAACGACCCGAUCAACGUCAAGACGCAGCCGGAAAAAAUGACGACUCUGAACGAGUGGAUGGUCGCUCUCGGAUACGAUCUAUCGAAGAUCGUCAUCCAGCCACCGCAGAUCGUAACCACACCGAUCGUCACACCGCUCGCGUCGAGUCUAAUGCGGCCGACCCUGCCCGUCCUCUCCGGUCUGAAUUGUCUGGCGACAGAAGUAUCGAAUGAGUUCAACAGGGUUUCUGCCGUACCCGAGACGAAGGUGAAGAACCUCGGCUUGUUCGAGCGACCGAUAAACUCGCGUAUCGCCAACCUCCCCGGCAUUUUUGGAGAUGGUCUCCUCAUAAACAGGCUCCCGGACGGGUCCGUGAGAGUUUUCGUUCUGCCAGAAGCGACUCCGAUACUCCGAGACGUGAUCACCGCGGUUUUCAACAAUUCCUUGAUGCUCGACGUGCACUAUAACCAGCACGGGCUCGACUACUUCUACUUCGUUCAGCCGCAGCUGGCCAAAGCGGACAAGGAUUGGGAACAGUUGGGUCGUCUCGGCUCGGCUCUGUUCAACAUCACGAAGCAUCCCGUCGUUGACAGCGAGGGAGGCCGCAGAGCUCAGAUCGACAUCAGGGUCCACAGUAGUAAUGUGGCUCUGAACAUCAAGUAUGGCUCGACGGUUCCGGAGGAGAAGCAACGUAUCGUCAAUCACGUCAAAAGGAAAGCGAUACAAGAGGCGUGGGAGCUCGAAGCCGGAAGAGUCGCUACAGGUCACAAAGGAAGCACCCAUGAUUGGAGCCAUGCCGAGCGAGAAGAACUCCUAGCAACAAAGAAAAUCGACCGUUACUAUCCGACCGACAUCCAUACAGUGGACGAGUAUCCUCAGCUCGCGGAUGAUCCGACAAAUAUCGUUUUCCGAAAGGAGGGAACUCGAAAACGAAGAGCCAGAUACCGGAACAUGAGGAAUCAGCACAGAGGUGACGCCUCGAAAAGGAGCCGCUGA